GUUUAGCUGCAGCUUAGUCUAGCAGAAUUGACAUUUGCAUAAAGGGAGAGUUUAAGAGACAUUUUGUCAAACUUUUAGUUGUGCAUUUUCAAAAUUUUGAAGUGCUUAAUUUAUAUAUACACAGUCUGCAGCAGUUGAAAUGCUUGUGAAAUCUACCCUUUUCCUGGCUCUGAUGCUCUUGGUUGAGCUCUGCAGCUUGCAAGUUAAAGCAGUUGUCAUUUCAGUGCAAGCUGAAAAUGAAGUUAUAAUACAGCCUAGUUCCAAUGUCGAAACCGUAAGCUCAUUGGCUGUUCUAUCGUGCUCCAUUCAACCAUCCAACGCGUCGUUUAGCAGUCGGUGGAUUACGCCUGGAGGGCAAAUUAUUACCGGUUCCAUCGAUCAAUACAGUCUCAUUCAAGGGCUGGUGACCUCUCAGGGCAUGGGUACUGUCCUGGCAGUGGAGAGUCUGUCGUAUGAAGAUGCGGGGGCGUACACUUGUGAGGUGGUGGAGAGAGGAGGGAGUGUGUUGUCAUGUGACUGUGACGGAUUUCCGACUUCUGCAACUGUUGAGCUCAUACUGCAAGUGUAUGUGCAGGCCUUUGUGGAGGAGGUAGUGGUCACCGUGGGAACAACCGCUUUUCUUCACUGUGAAAUGAGUGGCUACAUUCACCCUGACGAAGACCUCUUAUGGUACAAAGAUCAGAUGGUCAUUCACAACAGAGAUCGAUUUUUCAUAUCUUACUCAAAUGGAACUGCUGGCUCGGCACAAAAUGGAGGUCCAAAAACGGUGGCUAGUCGGGUAUCUAUGCUGGAGAUUUCCUCUUCUGUUUUGGCUGAUGCUGGUGAAUAUGUAUGCAGAGUUCGAAACAAAGACGUGUCUGCAGUUGUCAGACUGUCUGUCGAGGAAGACACUACUACCAUUCAAACCACUGGAGAGCCAAUAGAUUCCACGGUGUUCCAAGAUGUUCAAACAACGACUCGUUCUUUGACAGAGAGACCUCCUCUCUUCACCACUGAUCCCGAGACUGCAGCAGCUGCCACCAUCUUACUGAACGAGUGUCAAGUGCAGCAGUCUCGAAUAGUUUCCAUAACAGUUUGGGUAACUUUCAUUGCUACCAUGUUGGUCUCCGUCUUAUUGACUGUUCUUGUGGUUUGUUUAUGGUUGAAACUAUGGCAACGGAAGCGAAUGAACAAGAUGACAUCUCUGGACAGUGUGAGUGAAGAGGUCAGGACGAUCGGAGUUACACCAGCUGUAAACGUUCGUGGGUGCGUACUGGACGGACUAAGUCUAGAGAGAAAGAUUUAACUUAUUUUAGUCAACUGAUCACAUUUUUUGUUGUAUGAUUUCUGCGCAUAAUUAUAGUUUUGUUGAUUGCUGUAAAUUUUGUCAUGAUUUAUUUACUGGG